AGCGCAUCAGUAUAUUGGAGAUCAAUGUUAAGAAACCAGUUAGAUGUGAUAGAAUCGACGUCACGAGCCACCUAGUUGAAAAUGAUUCGCGUCAUUCGUCGUGAUUUUAAAAAAUUAUACAAAAAAUGCUCACGUACACAAACUUUCAGCCUACACCUUUCGGUUAUUUUAUUUCUUCAGAAUGUCACCAGAUUCCGAAAUAUAUGAAACAUAUUUUUGUGCUUGUUCGUGAAGUGAAAAUGAUCAGGAUUAGAACGUUUUAUAGUAUGUGUCAUUGUUUGUUUUUGAUUAACAUCAACAUAUGUCUUAUUGUAACUUUUUCAAUAUUAUAUUCCUCUGUUGCCUCCAAACUGGAAAAACGAGAAGGGCAAAUUGAUCACUGCACUAAUUUUCAGUUUCGCUGUAAAAAUUCGCAAUGCAUAGCAAAAACAUUCGUCUGUGAUGGAAUACCACAAUGUGAAGAUCAUUCGGAUGAAAUAUACCAACAAUGCAAAAAUAAAUCAUGCGAUGAACAGAACUUCCAAUGUGAUUAUGGAGCAUGCAUCAAAAAAGAAUACCAAUGCGAUGGUUCACUACAAUGUGUCGAUGGAUCUGACGAAUGGCCAAAAACAUGUAAUUCAACUAUUACUGAAUCAUUAAGAAUUAGACGAGACGCAACUGCAAGUGAUUCUUGUGCCAUACCAGAACCAUCUCUAGACAAAACCAUCACUUACGAGUGUGAAGGAAGAGGAUCAAAUUCUUGUGACACGAGAAAUGGCUACGUUCCAAAAUUCACUGUAGCUUCGAUCAAAUGUAAGCCUAAUUAUUACUCAGAAAGGAAGCUCUCAGAGUCUAUUUGCCACCAUAGUACUUGGAUACCUCCUAUUGAUGAUUGUUUUAAGAAAUGUGAUAAAUUAUAUCCAGUAAAUGUUGAUCUGAAAUGCUCUCGAAAAGGUUCAAAUAUCGCUUGUGAUGAAAAUUCGCUGAUUGCUGGGAGCAAAGUGCGUCCAGUAUGUAAACAGUUAUACAAAUAUGCCAAUGCUCCUCCCGAUUACCUGGAGAUUACAUGUAAAGAAGAUGGAAAAUGGGAUAAUGCUCUUUUUUCCUGUAUUCCAGAAUGUGGUCGGCCAUACUCACCUCCUAAAACAUUAAUCAGCGGAGGCGUCGAAGAAUAUUUUGGCGAUGCACCUUGGCAUGUGGCAAUAUACAACGCAGAAAAAAUUCUAAUUUGUGCUGGUGUGAUUAUAAACCCAAAAUUAGUUUUGUCAGCUGCACAUUGCUUCCAAAAUGAUGAUCAUUUUGACCAUGAACAUGAUACUUCCAAAUAUGAGAUAGUGGUCAGCAAAGUCAGCAGAAAUUACUCUGCAAUUGAUAAUGCAAAUCAGAAAAUCUACAAGAUAAAAGAAAUACGUUUUUCCAACAAAGGCUACCAAGGUAUCAACAGUUACUAUGCAGCAGAUAUAGCUGCGAUAAUUUUGAAAGAAAAAAUCACAAUUAGUCCAACAGUCUUACCAGCUUGUAUUGACUGGAUAGGAUUAAGUACAAGCGAACCUGUAGAAGGCACCUUUGCAAAAGUUUCAGGAUGGGGAGAAAAUGAAUAUGGCUACUUGAGUGAAAAACUGAUGACAAUAUAUUUACCUUUCAUCAGUCGAGAGCGUUGUUUGAAUAUUGUACCGGAUGAUUUCAAACCAUUCAUUACGUUUGAUAAAUUUUGUGCAGGUUCAGAGAAGGGUCCUGGUGUACUCAAGGGAGACAGUGGUGGAGGUUUAGUAUUUCCAAGACAACAUGAAGAUGGCAUAUUUUAUUAUCUCAGAGGUCUCGUUAGUUUAAAACAGCCCAGUGUGACUUCUAUAGCAGCAUUUACCGAUUUGGCCGAUCACAUUGAAUGGAUUUCAGCAGUGGCUAAUGAAGUCAUCAGCAGAACACCAUCUUCUUCGCAGAAAAUUCCCACCAAAUGAACAAUUUGCAGAGUAAAUUCAAUGUACUUACUGUAUUUCUCCUACUCAUGUACAAGAAAAAUAAGGCUGCAAUUUUUUUCAUUAAAAACUUUAUAAAAAG